UGAUACAUACUCCCACCCCCGUCAAAGAUUCGGGGAUGCCAGGGGGGAAGAAGGUGGCCGGGGGUGGCAGCGGUGGUGCUGCCCCCACUGUCGCUGCCGCCCCCUCUGGGGUCAGACGUCUGGAGACCAGCGAAGGGGCCUCAGCCCAGAGAGAUGAUGAGCCAGAAGAGGAAGGGGAAGAGGACCUGCGAGAUGGAGGCAUCCCCUUCUUUGUGAACCGGGGUGGGCUGCCUGUGGACGAGGCCACCUGGGAAAGGAUGUGGAAGCACGUGGCCAAGAUCCACCCCGAUGGAGAGAAGGUGGCCCAGCGGAUCCGUGGGGCCACAGACCUGCCCAAGAUUCCCAUACCGAGUGUGCCUACGUUCCAGUCCUCUACGCCUGUCCCUGAGCGCCUGGAAGCCGUGCAGCGCUACAUCAGGGAGCUGCAGUACAAUCACACAGGGACACAGUUCUUUGAAAUUAAGAAGAGCAGACCUCUGACAGGGCUGAUGGACCUGGCCAAGGAAAUGACCAAAGAGGCUCUGCCAAUCAAAUGCCUGGAAGCUGUGAUCCUGGGAAUUUACCUCACCAACAGCAUGCCCACCCUGGAGCGCUUCCCCAUCAGCUUCAAGACCUACUUCUCAGGGAACUACUUCCGCCACAUCGUGCUGGGGGUGAACUUCGGCGGCCGCUACGGGGCGCUGGGCAUGAGCCGGCGCGAGGACCUGAUGUACAAGCCGCCCGCCUUCCGCACGCUCAGCGAGCUCGUGCUGGACUACGAGGCCGCCUACGGCCGCUGCUGGCACGUGCUGAAGAAGGUGAAGCUGGGCCAGUGCGUGUCCCACGACCCGCACAGCGUGGAGCAGAUCGAGUGGAAGCACUCCGUGCUGGACGUGGAGAGGCUGGGCCGCGAGGACUUCCGCAAGGAGCUGGAGCGCCACGCCCGCGACAUGCGGCUCAAGAUUGGCAAAGGGACCGGCCCUCCCUCCCCGACCAAGGACCGGAAGAAGGAUGUUUCCUCCCCACAGCGGGGCCAGUCCAGCCCCCACCGCAGGAACAGCCGCAGCGAAAGGCGGCCAUCGGGUGAAAAGAAGCCUUCUGAGCCCAAAGCCAUGCCAGACCUCAAUGGGUACCAGAUCCGGGUGUGAGGCAAGUGGCAGUACCCCAGCCUCGCCACUUCUGGGGGCCAGGAUCCAUCUGCCAGGACCAGCCUCGUUCAUGGGGAGG